AUGUCACGAGAAGAGCUGUUGGUCUUGCGAAAGACCCUGAAAGACCUGCUGGACAGAGGAUUCAUCCGAGCGAGUAGCUCAGCGGCUGCCGCGCCGGUGCUGUUCCGCGACCGAUACCCACUGCCCCUCAUCGCGGAGACCCUGCAGAAUCUGGCCAAGGCUAAGUGGUUCACCAAGUUGGACGUGGUGGCCGCUUUCCAUAAGAUCCGCAUGGCUCCGGGACAUGAGGAAAGACUGCAUUUCGCACGAGCGUACCUGGAUGAUGUACUGAUCUACUCGAGCGGUUCGAAGGCGGAUCAUGAGGCUAAGGUGCGACGAGUUCUCCAAGCACUCGCCGACGCUGGGCUGCACCUAGACCCAGCGAAGUGCGAGAAAGGAAUCGCCUGCGACCCCGAAAAGCAGCGCGCCAUCCGCGAAUGGGAGGCCCCGACCACGGUGAAGGGUGUCAGAAGCUUUCUGGGCUUCGCCAACUAUUACCGGAUCUUCAUCCCCGACUAUGCCAAGAUCACGCAGUCUCUGGAUGCCCUGCUUAGAAAGGAACUGCCUUUCAUUGGGGACGAGCGGAGAACGAGGCGUUUCAGGAGCUGA